AUGCUUCGUCACGUGCUCGCGGAGUCGCCUGCGUCGGUGCAAGUGCACUACCAAACGUCUUCGUUAUGUUGGGUAGACGCGGAUUUUUCGUCCGCUCCAGUGUUACAACGUGGAGAUGGUUGCAAGUCUCUGCACGUGGGUGAGACCUAUCACAACUUUACGCUGGAGCGAGUGGCCACCGUGCCUGAGUACAACGUAGACGCGCUGGAGCUACGGCAUGAGCCCACACAGGCCAAUUACCUCCAUCUGGACGCAAAGGACCCCAACAAUGUAUUCGCUGUCAUGUUUCGCACGCCGCCAAGUAACUCGACAGGUGUGGCGCACAUUCUGGAACAUACAGCACUGUGCGGCUCCAAGCGCUUCCCAGUGCGCGACCCGUUCUUCAACAUGAUCAAGCGCAGUCUUAACACGUACAUGAACGCGCUCACGGGCGCAGACCACACCAUGUACCCGUUUUCUACGACCAACGCGAAGGACUGGCACAACCUCAUGAGCGUGUACCUGGACGCGGUCUUCUUCCCCCAUUUGAGUAAGCUGGACUUUUUGCAGGAGGGCCACCGACUCGAGAUUAGCGAGGAAAAAGGUGAACUCGUGUACAAGGGAGUGGUGCUUAAUGAGAUGAAGGGCGUGCUCUCGGACAGCAACAAUCUCUUUGGCACAAGGUUGCAGCAGGAACUCAUGCGAGGCACCAUCUACGAACACGUGAGUGGCGGUGACCCUAAGGAUAUUCCGUCUCUUACUUACGGAGAUCUACGCGCCUUCCACGUAAGAAAUUACCACCCGUCGAACUGCUGCUUCUACUCAUACGGCGACUUGCCUCUCACGGACCACCUGGCUUAUCUGGAUAAGGAGGUUCUUAACAAAUUCGAAUAUCGCGCCGAUUCUGCCGCUGUUCGCGUGUGUACCGAAAAUUUCAGUAUGCACAAGAAGAGCUCAAAUGACCCGGAAUUGAUCGUUAUCAAGGGUCCUAGCAGUAAUAUGAGUGGAGAGGCAGCGGAUCCCAACAUCAAGUAUUGCAUGAGUAAAUUUGUGGACGUGAAGUCUACAGACCCCUUUCCGACCUUCGUGCUGCGAAUUGUGGGCUAUCUUCUCACGAAUGGACCUGCGUCUCCGCUGUUUAAGGCACUGAUCGACUCGAGUCUUGCCCAGGACUUUUCGGUUGGAACAGGCUUCGACACAUCCACGUAUUACCCCACCUUUGGAGUUGGUGUAGAAGGUAUUGAAGGCGGAGAGGCGGCGGUGCCGGCUAUUCGCGUGGCAGUUCAUGAUGCAUUGGAAAAGGUUGUGGCUGAGGGCUUUGACAAAGAACGAGUGACCGGAAUUCUGCACCAGUUGGAGUUGAGUCUCAAGCACGUGACAGGCAACUUUGGAUUGCAACUCAUGCACGGCAUCAGCUCUGUCUGGGCUCACGGUGGCGACCUCAUCAAAAAUCUACAGCUGAACCCGCUGUUGGAACGCUUGAAUGACGAAAUGGCAUGUGAUCCGAAGUUCCUAGAGGGUUACGUGCGCGAUUACCUCAUGCGGGAUGAUCUGCACGAGGUACAGAUGCUUAUGCUGCCUUCUGAGGAUUUCGUCCGCAACCAGGAGCGGUGCGAGCAUGAAAAUCUAGCCACCAAGCUUCUUGAGCAGUCCAACGCUGAUUUGGACCGCAUCGCCCGAACCACUGAGCAGCUUGAGCGUCAUCAGCAAAAGGAAGAACCGGUAGAGUGCUUGCCCACCUUGACGCUGGAUGAUAUUCCACGUGUGGAGGAAGGCAAUUUUGACCACAUUGAGAGGACAGAGCUCAACUCAACGUCCGCCGAGUUCGUUCGCGUGCCAUCCACGAACGAGAUUUCGUACUUACGUUUUCUCUUUGACGUGGGAGCACUGCCUCAAGAAUACCACCGAUUCAUGAACGUAUUUACUACGGUUUUUGGAUCUCUGGGCACUUCUCGCCUUGCUUAUGACGAACUCCCCACGGUCAUUGCAAACUGCAGUGGCGGUGUAUCGUGCUCAGCAAUGACGGCACCUUCGCUUACAGAUGCCCACGGCGAACCCUGCACCCAAUCUCUUCUGCUCGGUACGAUGUGCCUCCCUCACAAGGUGGGCGAAACGUUCAGUCUGAUGCACGAGCUGCUCACGGACACGCAGUUCUUGAGCGACGAGAAUUUGCGUCAACUGCGUCUUAUUCUGCAGAGUAGCGCUUCCACUGCUAGUAGCAGCAUUUCUUCAUCUGGUGCUGCUCUCGCUGGCACACGUUCGCGUGUUGGUCUCACCCCUGCAGGUGUGUACGACGAGUUGUACAGUGGUCUUAGUCAGAUCGAGCAACUUCAGAAGUGGGCGCAGUGCUCUGAUGAAGAGCUGCGUCGGAUCGCCCACGUACUGCAGGAUAUCGCGCGCGUGGUGUUCUCACCCGAGAAUAUGCGUAUUUCUGUUGUGACAGAGGACAAGUUGCGCUCUCAAGUGGAGCAAUCGCUCAAGUCAAAGCUGCUUCAGCCUUUGGCUGCGUCCUCGUCGCUACCAGAUCUCGCUUCGCUCACGUUGUCACAGGAAGAGCUGAAGUUUCCGAUCGUGUCACCCAAAAACUACUUUGCCUUCCCAGUGUCCGUGAAUUUUGUUGUGGAGACGCAGCCGUCUGUGUCAUUUGCACACGAAGAUCACGUGCCGCUUACGGUAUUGGCGCAAAUUAUGUCGUCGUGUUACCUGCACCAGCAAGUGCGUGAGCAGGGCGGGGCGUACGGAUCUGGCGUCUCUCAGAACGAGGGCUCCUUUUCGAUGAGCUCGCACUACGAUCCGAACACGUUUAAGACGCUGGACGCGUAUGCUGGCGCCCGUCGAUGGGCUGUCAGCGGCGAGUUCUCAGACCGUGACGUGCAGGAAGCGCUGCUGUCAGUUUUCGCGAGCGUUGACGCGCCCAAGACUCCGUCGAUGAAAGGCCGUAUGAGCUUCCUGCGCGGCAUCACAAACGACAUGAGUCAGCGCAGGCGUGAGCAGUAUCUCUCGUUGAACCGCCAGGAUCUUGUCGAUGUCGCGAACAAGUAUUUCGGUGAAUUCUCGCCCGAAAAGCGCAUCGUCAUCAUCGGCAAGGACGGUGACGAUCUUCAUGAGUUCUCGGACAGUGGCUUCAACGUUUAUCGGUUUUCCCCUGGUGCUUCGCCAGAGUCGUAG